UCAUUGUGAUGGCACGAGGAUGAAAAUGUGGGGGCCCGAGCGGUUCCGAGAAAAUUUAGAAUUUUGGGUGUUCAAAUACGGCAUUUUCAGCCUUCUUUAAACAAUAAUAGGGAAAAGAAGUGGGUGGGUGAUGUCGCACCGCCUCCUGUUCUGCAGGCCCCUAGCGGGUUCUCGCUGGCACUCAAAAUGUUUGAUCAUUUUGAUCACGGCCAUCGUGUCCAGACGCUGGAGUUAAUAAGCGAGUGUUCAAUCGAGACAAGCCGAGCCCGAUCGAUUCCAUCAGGAAACCUCCCUUCGCUGUCAUAGCAACGACCUGGCAUACAUAAUGUUACAGCCCUCACAGAACCAAUGGCCAGAUGGUUACCGUUAAUAUGAAAGCGGAAUUUACUCACAGUGGUGUAAUGAAGGAAUGUAAUGCACGGUUGUUUCCACGUCCUGAAGAUGAUGUUAUGUGGACCGAGCCACGCUUGCUGUGAACGUAGGAAUGAGCUGCCGGUGCCAGGGUUUUUUCUGCCAACACAACGGUAACCUGAAUUAUGGUUGCUGUUAAGUAACGAAAGACACACCUGGCGUCUGAGGGAUUCGAACGAAGCCAAUGAAGUUCAGAGCGGCCACUACAUUCCUUGUCCUGUUGGUGACGGUGGUCAGUUAUAUGUCCAUCAAGCUCGUCUAUGUCGCCUGGGAACUGGAACGAGUCCGUGGUCAAGAGCUUGGCAGAAUGACCAGCGCCAACUAUAUACUAGUUUCCAAUGGGAAGUCGAUUUGGAAGUCGACCCACCUUGGUAACGAAACCAGUGCAAAUCGUCAGUUUUUGUCGCAUCCAAGUUUUGCGGAAUUUGUCUCAGUCAAUUGCAAAGCAAUAUUUGAAGGUGAUGUGCAAACACUAGAACAAGCUAAGAAUAUGAAGACCCAGUUACAUGAUAAUUUGUACAGUGACCAAGCAAUACAUAUGCAAACUCAAAACUGUGAAGAAUUCCGACGUUAUCAUGGUUAUAAUUAUGUUCCCACCACGAAGGAAGAGACCGACUUCCCUAUAGCCUACAGCAUCGUGUUUCACAAGGAUAUAGCUCAGGUUAACAUGCUACUUAAAGCGAUCUACCGACCCCUGAACCUAUACUGUCUACAUUUGGACGCGUACUCUGGCAAUUCUAUUCGAAGUGCGGCCAAAUCCUUAGCUGCUUGCUUCAGUAAUGUCUUCCUUGCCUCAAGGUCAGAGUACGUCACCUAUGGGGGUUUCUCUCGGCUGCGCGCCGACAUCAAUUGCAUGCAGGACCUACUUUCCAAGACACAGAAAUGGAAGUACAUGAUUAACCUUCCAGGACAAGAAUAUCCCUUAAAAACUAAUCUAGAACUCGUGAAGAUAUUAAAAAUUUACAAUGGCUCCAACGACAUUGAAGGCAUCACAGGCAAAAGGAUGUUGCCAAUUCGCUAUCAGUAUAAGCACAAGUAUGUCUCCAGUAAAUCGGGUAAAAGCGUGUUGAUUCGCACAGGUCAGCUGAAGGAGAAACCCCCGUAUAACAUCACCAUUGUGAAGGGGAGUGCGUAUGGGGUGUUUUCCAAGGAAUUUGUACGGUUUGUUGUCAAGACUAAAAUAUCGAAAGAGUUUCUACAGUGGUGCAAAGACAUCUCUAGUCCUGACGAGUAUUUCUGGGCUACGUUGCACCACAACACACAUCUCGGAACACCUGGCGGAUAUUCAGGACCUCCCGAUAAGAAAUCAUGGCUAGCGACGUACGCAUCGUGGGGCGGCAGAGACCAGUGUGCUGGGAAGUGGGUGCAUGGUGUGUGUGUGUUUGGUGUGGGUGAUCUCCCUUCGCUAAUGACGAAGAAGGAAAUGUUUGCCAAUAAAUUCUACCUUGACUACCAACCUGUCGCCCUGCACUGUAUGGAAGAAUGGAUUCACAACAAGACAGCAGCUUCACUGCCUUUCGACAGCAUGUAUUACCGAGCGUUACCUUUUGUCAAGAAACCGCAAUAAGACAUUCAGAUUAUCAAAUAGCACCGGGUGUUACUAAUAGCAUUGACACCCGGCCACUUCCAACGUGUUGGGACCGUUGUUAUUUACAGUCUUUAACAAAUAAUACGCACACACACGCACGCACGCACACACACACACACACACAUGGUUACAUUGUAUAUAAUAAAAUAAUUAUUUGCUAACGAGGGUGAGGUAUAAAAUAGUUUUACAUUUAAUAUAAUUCCAAUACAUUUACCUUAAAUGUUAUGUAAAUAAACCUUUAUGUAAUAUGGACGCCGUAUAUAUUGAAUGUAUAUAGAAGAGGGUCUCGUAAAUUAGUAAGCUUGUACCCGGUCAUUUUGUUAUUUGUGCAAUAAAAUAUGUUUUCUGA